GGUUGCUGGUCGUGGCAGCACGACGGACCGGCACGUAGAUAGUCUUUGCUUUUUGUAUAGGAAGAGCGUUUGUAAUUCAUUUUCAGACGGAUGGUUGAGCUUUUGUGUACGCUACCUCUUAUUUAACGUGUACCCUAGUCGGCCUCAGUUUGUUCUUUUUUUUAUGUACCAACGAAAACUUUUACCAUUUAGUUAACUUACCUCACUCACCUUUUGUUGUUCUCACGUCUCAGGAGACCAGCAUGUCACCAUGGAUUAAUCAGAUUUGCCUUGUUCUUGUGGCAGUGUUCAUGUUGCCCAGUUCAACAGAGUCAAAGAAAGAUGAAGCAUUGUACUGUUCAGCCUGUGUGGCGAUUGCAGAGGAACUCAACUAUUCAAUCAGCCAAACUGAUCCAAAAAAGAUGAUUCAUGUUGGUGGAUUCAGACUUAAACCCGACGGAAGUCUUACAGACAAAAAGGUUCCUCUUGCUAGGUCCGAAACUCACUUAACUGAACUACUGGAGGAAGUUUGCAAUAGCAUGAGCGAUUAUGCUCUCUAUGAGGACCCGGACACCAAAGAGAAGAGUUACAAGAGAUUUGCACCCAGAGGAAAUGAUGCCGGGAAUUUUCCGGAUUUCAAAAAUUUUAAGUUUGAUGGUCCAGAGAGUUCCAGUGCCUUGAAGUUUGCUUGUGAAAGCAUUGUGGAAGAGUUGGAAGAUGAUAUCAUCUCCCUCUUUGCCAGUGAGACAGACCGUGUGGCUAAGACAUUGUGCAGUGAAGUAUCAGGUCACUGUAAGAGCUCUGUUUUUCAGCACAGUGAACUUUAGUUUCACAUCAGUGUCUGCUGAACUCCAAAACACGGACCAAAAAUGGAGACAUCAAAUAUUUUCCUAAAGUAGGCUUUUGUUUUUUUGUUUAGUUUUUUUAUUACUAAAUUUGAUGAAAAAAAUAAUUUUAUAUUAGUAUUAUAAAUGAAAAAUCUAUUACAAAUGAAUGAGUUUUCACUGCUGAGUAAUGGACACACUUUUAUAUAUGCAUACCACAUAUAAAUGUAUAUGUGUGUGUGAAAACUAAAUUGAUGUUAAACGAUUGCCUGCUAAUGGCAUGCAAUUUAUGUUCAAUUCCAUUAUCAGUUAUUUUUAACCUAUGUAGUUUUGGUGGACUUGAAAUGGCAAUCAAUGUGGUGUUAUGGUGUAAUUUAUGAUGGCUUCAUUCUUGAUAAAAGUAAAUAAAAUGUUUCAAAUACA